AUGGCAGGUAAAGGAAAAGCCGUUGGUUCUGCUGCGGGGAAAAAGUCUCAUUCCCGCAGCAGCAAAGCCGGCCUCCAAUUCCCUGUCGGUCGUAUCGCCCGGUUUCUGAAAGUUGGCAAGUAUGCCAAACGUGUUGGCACUGGAGCUCCAGUAUUCCUUGCUGCUGUACUUGAGUACCUUGCAGCUGAGGUACUUGAAGUAGCUGGAAAUGAGGCAAGAGCUAACAAAAAAACUCGGAUCAAUCCAAGGCAUCUUCAGUUGGCUAUUAGGACUGAUGAUGAACUGAGCAAAUUGUUUGAAGAUGUGACGAUUGCGAGUGGUGGUGUAAUGCCAAACAUUCAGAGCAUUCUGCUGCCUAACAAGAAGAGUAGUUCUUUAAAGGUCGCCGUUGCUGCUACUGCUGAGGAGGAGGAGGAGGAUUAG